GGCGCGGCACUCUUCUGUUUUCGAGCGUGCCAGUCACUCUGCCAUGGCGGCCGUUGUGUGGCCGAUGAAGGAGGGGACGUCCUAGCCUCCGUGGAUUUUCUUCAGCUGUUUGGUACCGAGCGUGUUUCCCUCCCGGUCGACGUUUUAGCGCGUUUCCGGCGUCUGCAGCGGCCAUGACCGUGGAGCAGAAUGUCCUCCAGCAGCAUUCUCAGAAGCACCAGCAGACGCUCCUAAACCAGUUGAGAGAGGUCACCGGCACCACAGACGUUCAGCUGCUUCAGCAGGCCCUGCAGGUGAGCAAUGGAGACCUGGCUGAAGCUGUGGCCUUUCUGACUGAGAAGAACGCCAAGGUUCCUCAACAAGAUGAGACCACCUACUACCAGACGUCCCAGGUGUCCAAUGACAGAUACAUCAGUGUUGGCAGCCAGGCGGACACCAAUGUGAUUGAUCUGACUGGGGAUGAUAAAGAUGAUCUGCAGAGAGCCAUCGCCCUCAGCCUGGAGGAGUCCAACCGGGCUUUCAGGGAGACGGGCAUCACAGACGAGGAGCAGGCCAUCAGCAGGGUUUUGGAAGCCAGCAUAGCCGAGAACAAGGCCAGCCUAAAGCGGACCCACACAGAAGUGUGGAGUGAUUCACCUAACCCACAUGAGAGGAAGAGGAUGGAUAACUGCCCUGUGGGUCUGAAAAAUGUGGGGAACACCUGCUGGUUCAGCGCUGUCAUACAGUCUCUGUUCAACCUGCUGGAGUUUCAGAGGCUGGUGCUGAACUACUCACCUCCUGCACGAGUCCACGACCUGCCGCGCAAUCAGAAGGAGCACAGAUACCUGCUCUUCAUGCAGGAGUUGAGGAACCUCUUCUCCCUCAUGGUGGGCUCCAAGAGGAAAUAUGUAGACCCUUCACGGGCGGUGGAAAUCCUCAAAGAUGCCUUCAAAUCCAGUGAGUCACAACAGCAGGAUGUCAGUGAGUUCACCCACAAACUGCUGGACUGGCUGGAGGACGCCUUCCAGAUGAAGGCAGAAGACAGGGAGGGGGAGAGACCGAAGAACCCCAUGGUGGAGCUUUUCUACGGCCGCUUCCUCGCUGUGGGGGUUCUGGAAGGUAAAAAGUUUGAGAACACAGAGAUGUUUGGGCAGUACCCCCUGCAGGUGAACGGCUUCAAGGACCUCCACGAAUGUCUGGAGGCGGCGAUGAUCGAGGGGGAGAUCGAGUCCCUGCACUCUGCAGAAAACUCUGCCAAAUCGGGUCAAGAGCACUGGUUCACGGAGCUCCCCCCCGUGUUGACCUUUGAACUGUCGAGGUUCGAGUUCAACCAGGCUUUGGGACGACCUGAGAAGAUCCACAACAAGCUGGAGUUCCCCUCCAUGCUCUACAUGGACAGAUACAUGGAUAGAAACAGGGAGAUCACCAGGAUCAAGAGGGAGGAGAUCCGGCGACUGAAAGAGCACCUGACUCUGCUCCAACAGCGACUGGAGAGGUAUCUUAGUUACGGUUCAGGCCCCAAGAGGUUUCCUCUGGCAGAUGUCCUCCAGUAUGCCAUGGAGUUUGCCUCCAGUAAGCCUGUGUGCACCUCCCCAGUGGAAGACAUUGACACGUCAGCGCCCCCCGGUGGUGCAACAGGACAACAGUUGGCGCCACCAAGCACAGCUGAGCAGGACUCUGCUCCCCCCCAGGACAGCUCCGGCCCGGCUGCGGCCCCUGCUGCUGCCCCUGGCCCGGCUCAGCAGCAGAGGGUCUCCGUUCAUAAGCCUUUCACCCAGUCCCGACUACCUCCAGACCUGCCCAUGCACCCCGCCCCCCGCCACAUCACAGAGGAGGAGCUGCGGGUGCUGGAGGGGUGUCUGCACCGCUGGAGGAGCGAGGUGGAAAACGACACCAGAGAUCUGCAGGGCAGCAUCAGCAGAAUCCACAGAACCAUUGAGCUGAUGUACUCGGACAAAUCCAUGAUGCAGGUUCCAUACCGACUUCAUGCGGUUCUGGUCCACGAGGGCCAGGCCAAUGCGGGCCACUACUGGGCUUACAUCUACGACCCCCACCAGCACUGCUGGAUGAAGUACAAUGACAUUUCAGUCACCAAGUCGUCGUGGGAGGAGUUGGUCAGGGACUCGUUUGGGGGCUACCGCAACGCCAGCGCCUAUUGUCUGAUGUACAUCAAUGACAAGAAACCCUUCCUCACUGAAGAGGAGUUUGAUAAAGAAACCGGUCAGAUCCUGAGCGGCAUGGACAAACUGCUUCCAGACCUGAAGCAGUACGUGAAGGAGGACAACGAGCUGUUUGACAAGGAGAUUGAGGAGUGGGAUGCCCUGCAGGCUCACAAGGCCCAGCAGGAGAAGCUGGCGCUUGCCGCCGCAGCAGCAGCUGCUGCAGCUGCUGCAUCAUCCAGCACCUCCACCUCUUCUCCAUCCCCACAGCCCAUGAGCAUCGAGUCCAGCCCCCCCGACAAUGCAGCCCCCCAGCAGGACCCAGAGUACAUGGAGCAACCGUCUCCAACCAAUGACUCCAAGCACCUGCAGGAGGACACUGAGAGGGCCAUCUCCAGGGCUGCUGCUGAGCAGGGGGAGAGGGGGCCAGAAGCCCUGUUAAAUGCUUCGCCCCCCCAUCCCUCUUUUCUUCAGCCAGAGACCCAGAUGAGCGCCCCCCCCAGCCCUCCCUGUGAGCAGCAGCUUGCAGAGGAGGAGUCCCUAGGCCAGCGCACAGUAGAGGUGGCCAUUCCCAACGUGGGGACGUUUGUCAUUGAGUCAGAGGAGGGGGGGUACGAUGACCAGACGAUGAUGACCCCCAACAUGCAGGGCAUCAUUAUGGCCAUUGGCAAAUCCAGCAGCAUUUAUGAAAAGAGCGGUCCUGAGGCAGCCUUCUUCAAGGCCAUAAAGUUGGAAUACGCGCGACUUGUGAGGUUUGCCCAAGAAGGCCCGACUCCUGAGAACGACUACCGACUACAGCACAUUAUCGUCUACUUCAUCCAGAACCAGGCCCCAAAGAAAAUCCUGGAGAGGACUCUGCUCACUCAGUUUGCUGACAGAAACUUGGCCUUUGAUGAGAGGUGUAAGAGCAUCAUGAAUGUGGCGCGUGCUAAACUGGACCUAAUCAAACCCGAAGAGGUCAACAUGGAUGAGUAUGAGACGUGGCAUCAGGACUACAGGAACUUCCGUGAGACCACCACCUUCAUGGUGACCGGUUUGGAGCUCUUUCAGCAGUCAAAUUAUGUGGAGGCCCUGAUGUAUCUGGUUUACUCAUACCAGUACAACAAGGAGCUCCUGUUGAAAGGCCUGUACCGGGGCCACGACCAGGAGCUGCUGGGACUUUACCGCAGACAGUGUUUGCUGAAACUAAAUGAACAGGCGGCCUCCAUGUUCGAGACGGGAGAGGAACCGGACGUGACGACGGGUCUGGGCGUCAUGAACGAGCUGGUGGUCCCCUGCAUCCCCCUGCUGCUGGCCCACGAUGCCGAGAGGGACCUGCUCGCCGUGGAAGACAUGAGGAACCGCUGGUGCUCCUACCUGGGCCAGGAGAUGGAACCGAACCUCCAGGAAAAGCUGACCGACUUCCUCCCCAAGUUACUCGACUGCUCAACGGAGAUCAAAAGCUUCCACGAGCCGCCCAGGCUGCCCAGCUUCUCCGCUCUGGAGCUGUGCGAGCGCUUCAGACGCGUCAUGGCGGCCCUCGGCAGGGUGCCCACCCAUGGAAGAUGAGCUCAGCUGAAGACCCCGCCCAAACCCACGGACAUCUAAGCCACGCCUUCCUCAUUUGCUCAAGGGUCACUUACUGCUAUAGCCGCUGUUCAUCUGUUACUUCUUUGCUGCUACGAUUUUAUCCUCAUAAUAUUAUUUUAGUUUUAUUUACAGCAGAACACAAAGGAUGGAGAGGGGGGGCUGGACUGUUGGGGGAGGAAGUGAACAGAGGAAUUCUGGGUAAACGGUUGCAGUUCAAAGCAAAUGGGUUCAGCUCCGACUCUGCAGCACAAAGUUUGAGGUUUUCCAUAGUUAUAAUUGUUGUUGCUGUUUGAGUCCAAGCUUCCUCCGCCGCGCUCAUGUCGCCUCCUGCAGCCGUCAUCCGUGUUUGGCGAGGAUCACCGCGCUCCGCUGGCCCAGUUUGGUACGGUACUACCACGAUUGGUUACAUUUUUUUUAAAGAAGCGAGGAGGAAGAGGAGGAGGACCUCCAGGUUCUGCAUGGAGCCGCACGCCUCUGGACUGAAGAUGGGAUGUUUCAGUGCUGUGCUGGAUGGCCGUGCACUUCCUGUGGCUUGUUAAUAAAUCAAAAGAAUAAAAUUUUACUCAUGGCUCUUUUGGCCAAUUAA